ACUUAAAAUUGUAUGUUUCUUAAGAUCGGCCAAAAAUCGACUUCUAUGAUUUAGAAAAUUGAACUAUUCGAACAAUAUUGUGUUGUAGUGUGUACUAUUCGCUGUACUUAAACAAAAAAGGCCAAGGAAAAUCUCGUGUCUGGGUUGCUGGAACAAUGAAAAAAAACAUCAAGUCCGUACAUACAAAAAAUCAGCCUCGAUUAUAAACGGCCAGAAUUUUAGCGAACUGGACGGAAUUUAGAACAGCUUUAGACCCUUCCGACCAUACAAAGAUGUGGUUGCUGUCCGUUCGUCAUUUCCAGUCCUAAAAAUUCGGACGCAGAUAGAUCCCUAAUUUGUCCAUACUCAGUGCCGGAUAUGGCUGCUAUAUGCCAAACCCCCAAUUAGCAUCUUCGGUUUACAUGAUUGCGCUUUAGGCAAAUUCGACGUAAUUUAUUGCUCAAAUUGGUCUAGUACUGAAUUUUUGGUUCUGUGUGCGCUUUUCAUUGGCGAUAUCUUACUUAAAAAAAUGUUAUAAAAGGAAGUGUCUGAAAUAACAACUUAUUUAUGUACCUAUUUGUAUAUUAAACUUAUAGUAAAUAGAUAUAUGAGUAAUAUUAGGGUAAUAGCAUUGACUACUGUGGCCACCAGCCAAACGAUUAUCCCGGUACGGGAUAACUAUGAACACCACAUAUGCUGGAACUUUGAGCUCCGAUCUGUGUCGCGGUCCUAUGUAGUUAUCGCGGGAAGCUCAGCUGGGAGCUACCGGGCGCGUCCGCAGAUGGUGGACAAUCAGCGUUAACGAGUAAAGAGUCUCAGUGAGAGGCCGGGCGACACCGGCUCUUGCUUAAAAAGCGAGAGCCUAUGAUAGACGAGUUUUUUUGCAUCUUUAAAUAACCAAUGUCCAUCACGUUCCCGCAGCAAUCGGUCCUAUGAACCGGAACGAGCUUACUCAUAUAUAGGAGUUUGACAGGAUCGCUACCUCCAUGUGCAAUGUGGUUACAAGAACAAGCUUUGUGGUGCCGAAUUGGAAGAUUGCGAUUACAAGGACAACAAACUACUCAGCUAAAGAUAUCGAAAACUUAAUCGUUUUCACCAAUAGUGUCCAAAAUGGUUUUGUUCUUGGAUUUAAAUACAGAUUGCCUUUUGAAAAUAUUUUCAUUCUGUUGUGAAAGAGAUCUAUGUCACCUUUGCAAAGUACAUCGCUUUCUAAAUGAAAUAAUUGAAAAUAAUGUGUUCAAAAUCAAGGCAAUGGAUCUGCUUAUGUGUGGAAUUCGUAAUGAACCGGUCAUUUUGCAACGCACUCAAGUCUCCGACCUAUCUUAUUCCAGUAGAUUAAAAAUAGCUCGAAACUGGCUCGAUGGACGCUACAGUGAACGGCAAUAUUUUCGACGCUCUAAGAUGUUUCCCACCAAGCUAAUUUUAGAACGGAAUUGGCUUUACAUAUCGCACGCCAACUAUAUAAACCAGCACCAAAGACUGAAGUCGGAGCCGCUACAACGAAGAUAUCACCGCGAAAUAUCCACAAGCAACAAAAGCGACAUUGCACAUUUUGUAAAGAAAAAUAAUACCUUGUUUGCUGGAAGAGUAGCUGGCAGUGGUUUUAUUUACGAAGAAGGUUCUGUCAUGGAACAGCAGUUGCACAAUCCCAACGAAUACAUGUGGUGUGUGGAUUUUGAAGGCGAUUUAUAUGCCACAAGUAGCGACUAUUACAGCCAAAUCUGGCGUAGGGAAGAGGAAUUUGGCAUUUUACACCUGGAUUUAUUAAUUCAAUUGAAAUCUUCAUUUAAAACAAUGCAAUUCGACUGUGGGGGAACUCGUUUGUAUGGUGGCUUAUAUGAUUCCAAAAACGAACGUCGAGCGUUACGAGAAAUUGAUGUGGAAAGCGGGUACGAGUCUAUUUUAAACUCAGAUACUAUUUCAGUGUACGAUCUUAAGAUGAAGGACAACAAUAUAAUACUCACCGCAAAUUUUGAUAGCAGUUUUCGCAUUUUUGACCGACGUUCAAAUAAUGAUGAGGCCGUUUGGGAAGAUCCUUUCGAUUCCUCGUUUUACUGUCUCGAGUACGAUGGUUUGUAUGCGGUUCUAUGUGGAACAAAACGUCACAAUCGGGUCAAUCUAUACGACAUUCGUGUGCCGGGGAAGCAUAUGCAGUUGUACUUUCCGCAUUUCCAGGGAAAGGAAAGGGGGGAUUUCAGAACUUCUCCCGUAUACAGUAUUGCCUGUGAUAGCCGAUAUAUGUUCGUGGCCACAGAUCGCAAAGUCCAUGUUUUGGAUUUUAAAGUAGAUGGUUGUGCUGUUAGCAGGGAUUACAGCCACUUCAACUUCAUUCGCUGACCAUUACGUAUAUGUUAUUGUCUGAACUUUGACGAUUUUAUCAACUACCAAACCUAACUAGUCCUAUGGCAUAGAUGGUAUUUAUUAACUGAAUAUUGACGCAAAAGAUUUCGGUAUGUGCCCAUUCAAAUAUUAAAAAGAUCAAAUUUGAUAUUUGGAACUCGAAGAAACAGCCAAAGACGAAGGAGUCGAACUACAAGAUAGUUGAUCGACUCUAUAGAGUGCAUGGAUAAGCUCAUUUGAUAGAUGAUGUGUCUAAAUUUUACAAAAAAGCAAUGGCAAAACAAAUAAAAGUCGGCAUAUUUAAUAAAUUUGUAUUACUUGAAA